CACACACACCUUCAACUCUCACACACUCUUCAAUUUCCACUACUUUUUUCACCUUUUCAAUUUCACAAUUUACUUUCUAAUUCUAAUUAUAACAGUUAAAAAGUUAAUAAUAGAAACUAAAAAUAGAAGAAAAAUGGAAGCAAAUUAUAAUCCUCGCACAGUUGAAGAAGUGUUUAGAGAUUUCAAAGGUCGCCGUGCCGGCUUAAUUAAAGCUCUCACCACUGAUGUUGUAGAAUUUUAUCAGCAGUGUGAUCCAGAAAAGGAGAACCUGUGUUUGUAUGGAUUUCCGAGUGAGCAAUGGGAAGUGAAUUUGCCUGCUGAAGAAGUGCCUCCAGAACUCCCAGAACCAGCAUUGGGAAUCAAUUUUGCAAGAGAUGGGAUGCAAGAUAAAGACUGGUUAUCUUUAGUGGCUGUCCACAGUGAUGCUUGGUUACUUUCCGUUUCCUUCUACUUUGGUUCCAGAUUUGGUUUUGACAAAUCAGAUAGGAAACGUCUUUUCAACAUGAUAAAUGAUCUGCCAACGAUAUAUGAAGUUGUAAAUGGUAGUGCAAAGAAAAAGCAUAAAGAGAAAUCGACAAUCUCGAAUCACAGCAGCACCAAAUCCAAAUCAAACUCAAAGCCACCGCCGCCACCAACAGAGGAAGAAGGGUUGGAUGAUGAUGAAGAUGACGAUGAUGAUGAUGAGCAUGGAGAAACGUUAUGCGGAUCAUGUGGAGAAAGUUAUGCAUCAGAUGAGUUCUGGAUAUGCUGCGAUAUAUGCGAGAAAUGGUUCCAUGGCAAAUGUGUGAAGAUCACACCAGCGAGAGCAGAGCACAUCAAGCAAUACAAGUGUCCGUCUUGCAGCAACAAGAGAUCUCGACCUUGAUGAUGACUGUAUCAGUGUCAUGUUGUUUAACUCGUAACCGGUAUAUCAAAAUUAUGUAGUGUUUGCUUAAAACCUGUUUAUUGUAUGCAUAUUUGGUCUCGGUUGGUGUAUAAUUUAGAAACUAAUACCGACCAAUAUCUGCAUUAUGCUAGAAUCUUUGCACCUUGUCAAUUCAGUAUCUUAACACUGUUUUGUUAAUAUUUAUACAAUUUCUUAUUUAAA